CUGUAAUCUUCUUAAGGACCUUCUUAAAGCGGUGAUCAGAGGAAAAUUGCUGCUACGACUUAGAAAACAGAGAAAGAGCAGACGUUUAUUUGAGAUUACACAGUCUCCGAGUGGACUAAUUUGUUAUUUGGACCUGUGUUAUUGUAUUUAGUUACCCCAGUAUAGUGUGCAAUUCUUGAAAUCACUACAAAAACUCAACCGGCUUACGAUUUAGGGCUUGCUGUGGGUGGGCAUUAUCCCCAUUCCCCAGCUAGUUAGCUAGCUAGCCAAAAGUGCUAGGUUAGCUAGCUAGCUAGCUAGCUAACUAACUAACCAACGUGAAUUGCUGCUGCUCGGCUGUUGGCUACAACUAUAUCACACAAACUUUAAAGAACACAACUGUUGUUGGGCAGAAAUCUGUCCCUUAGUCUGAAAACCAUGGAGAACGAGCUUUGUGUACCACAGAAGAACGGUGAUGCAGAAGUGGACAAACCGAAGCAACAGCCAGCAAACGCAGCUCCUUACAGAUAUACCAAGGAAGAGCUUCUGGAAAUAAAAGAACUGCCACUUUCCAAUGAAAGACCAGAAUGUCUCUCUCAGAAAUAUGACAGUGAUGGUGUCUGGGAUCCUGAGAAAUGGCAUGCCUCACUGUACCCCACUUCAGAGCGUAGCUCUCCAGUGGAAGGUUUUAAAAAGGACUAUGUGGAUGAUAGAGUUCCUUUGAAACGAAGAAUUCCAGAUCCUCGUGAGCGGUUAAAGGAGGAUGAUCUGGAUGUCGUACUGAGUCCACAGCGACGCAGCUUUGGAGGUGGAUGCCAAGGCAAUGCUGCACUUGCGCCACACACUCGUCGCCCAAUCAGCCCUCUGGAAAAUAAGGAGAAUGAGAGUCUCCGUUUAGGAGGAACACGGCGAAUCGGCAGUGGACGCAUAAUUGCUGCCCGAGCUUUUGAGAGAGAAGCUCGUGUAGAGAAAGAGAGGGAACGUGAGAGAGAUUUCAAAGAUAAAAGAUUCAGGAGAGAUUUUGGUGAUAAACGUGUGUUUAGUGAAAGAAGGAGGAAUGACUCUUAUGCAGAAGAGGAGCCAGAAUGGUUCUCUGGGGGUCCCACAAGCCAGUCUGAGACGAUUGAGCUAAUUGGAUUUGAUGACAAAAUUUUGGAGGAUGAUAAGCGCAAGUCCAAGCGGUCGAGAAAGAGGACUGAGCCGACAAAAGAAGUGGAAUGCAAUGGACAGGCUGAAGAACAAGUGAGUUUGCAGUCUACAGCUGAUCAGGAGGUUCCCCACCCUGAUGUUUUGCCAGAACAGUCAACUGGGGACUUUGACUUCAAUGAGUUCUUCAAUCUUGAGAAAACCAUGCCUGGAUUGGCAUCUAUGAUAGAAGACGUUUUAGGGGAAGGCCCUGUAUCUGCUAGUCGCUUCAGUCAGUGGUUCUCCAAUAACAUGAGCCCCUCAGGCAGCCGAUCAAGCAGUUUGAGAUCCACUCCUCAUGAAGAGCUAGAAAAACUAGCGGGACUGGAACCUCACUGCAUUUCACCUAGCAAGGGACAGGCUCCAUACUUCACACCUAUCCAGUCAGAUGGCAAAGAGAAGGUGGAUAUCCUGGAGCUGCUGCAUAAGGCCAAAGUAGACCUAAAGCCCCUUCUCUCCACCCUCUCUGUCAACAAAGCUCGACUACGUGAAAGCACUAACUCUGGAGCUGUGCUAUCGCUGGAGCAGGUGGAGGGAGAGAUGAAGGGGAUGAAGCUGGGCUCUGAACCACAAGUGCGAAAGGUGCCACCUCCACAAAAAGGAAAUGGCACGCCGUUCAUGGCUGAACAUUUAGAGCAGGCUUUAACAGGCGGCUCUGGUACGCGCCCACGGUCUCGUGACACAGACAUGUCAGCCUUUAAUAAAUUGGUUAGCAGCAUGAAGGCAAGUGGUACUUUGCCAACUCAUCCUAAAACCAACACAAACAAUCAACAUUCUGACCCAGCUGUGGUGGCACUGUCUGAUGCUCAAGUGCCUGCUCAGCAGCCGAAAAAUAUAUUCAAGGAACUCCUGGGUGGUUCUGCUCGUAGUGCCUCCCCUACGCUGCUUGGAAAUCUGCUCGGUAGCUCUGAAAGUUCAGCAACUGCUGCACCUCUGCAUGGCCUUCUACACAAGGGGCCCUCACCACCUCUCUUUCCGCAGAGGGCACCGUCACCUGACUACUUUAACAGUCGGCUGCAACCUUCAGCAGGAUUUCCUGUUGGUCCUCAGCCUAUACUACCAGAGCAGUUUGCUGAUGUACAUAGGUCUAUUAGUCCUGGAUCUGCUGCACAACAACAGAUGAGGGUGCUCUCUAUGCCAGUGAAUCAAGCAGACCUGGAAGCCCUGGCUUUCCAGCAGGACCUCGCACUACAUGGACAUCACUCAUUCCAGUCUGGCUAUAAGCCAACCCAAGACAAGUCUUUUCGAAACAGGCCGCAGCGUGUUAAUCGCUCCCCUGGCCCAGGCAAUCAACCUGCUGGGAGGAAUUCUCCAGGCAAUCCUGUCACCAGCAUGUUGUCCCCUUCGUUUACACCCACUUCGGUGAUCCGCAAAAUGUAUGCGACAAAAGAAAAGAGCAGAGAUGAAUCGAGUCAUCAAGAGACCAAGGACGAGCCAGUGGCACACUCCCAGGAUGACGGCAGCUCCUCAAAUGUUUACCUGGAAGCAAUGGAUGGGAAUACUGCUCAGUCUGGAGGAGUAAAGAACUGUGUGCAGAGCAAGGACCAGGACCGCUUAAAACCUGCAUCUGCAGGACAUGGCGGAUCUGGCAUGGUGCCGCCAGGACCUUCAUCUUUCCCUCGACCUAUGUAUCCGUUACCACUGCUACCCCAUGUGCCUAUGGUGCGUCCGCACCCCCAGCUCCACCCUAAUGUUGUUCAUCGAAUGCUGGCACAAGGUAUCCAGCCCCAACAUGUCGGACCUCCUGCUCUUAUGCAAGGAGGUGUGUUUCCGCAACAUGUUGACCUUGCACAACUCCAAGGCUUGACUCCAGCCCUACUUGGACAACCAUUGUACCCUAUAGGUGCUCCAGGGCAUCCACUUCUGUCUCCCAGAGCCAGUACUCAGAUGCAGCUAGCAGUAAUGCAACAGCAGCUUCAACAGAGACCAACACACCAAGGUAUCUCAGGCCCUCAGUCACAGAGCCAAGGCCCCCACAGGACAAAUGGCUCCCAGCGACAUGGUGGUAGUCCUCCUCUAGGCCUUGCUAAGUGGUUUGGCACAGAUGUGCUAGAACAGCCACUCCCCUCCAUGCCAGCCAAGGUCAUAAGUGUUGAUGAACUGGAGUUCCGGCCAUAAAAUCAAAACACUGUGCUGGAUAGAAUUUUUUUUUUCCACUUUGUAUUUUGUUUCGUUUCUUUCCCAUUUCCACCUCUUUCAUACCGUAAAUGUGAACUUUAGCUUGCAAGACAAUGCACAGAACGAACUGGAUUGUCCACACCAUGCAUGGUCUUCAACCUUGAAGUCAGUGUUUUUGAAGAGGUGAAAGAUGGAGAUUUGAUUUUUGCAAUUGAGGGUUUUUUUGUAUUAGUUUGUGCAGUAAAUAAUGUAUAGACUCUGUUGUACAGACAUGACUUUUGUUCUCGUGUAUAUAGACAUGUUUUCUUGGUAUCAGGAAGGCAAAACUACUCUGCAGUCAAAACUGAAUGGAAGUCACAAAGACCUAGUAGCAUUCCUAAGUCUUGUCCAUCUUAAUUUCUCCCCUGACCUGCACUAAGAAAGGGACACUUCCAAUGAGAAAAGUUGGGUAGUAACUUAUAAUGUUUACUGUUCUAGUGGCUUUUUCUGUAGAAGUGGCUGGAGUGUUUCAGGAUACCUCCAGGGGAUGAUUGUGCCUUUUUCUUUCCCCCUUUUGUCUCCUCCAUCCAUCCUGUCACUGGGAAAGGGGGGCAACACUGCUCCGUCAUUUUGAGGGUGGUUGGGAUUCAGUUUAUGUGCUUAAGUUAUAAAAAGCACAAUAGAAUUAAUAAAUAAAAUAUUGAGAAACAGA